AUGGCGGAUUCAAUGGGCCGUUCUAGUGGCAAGCCAUGUCGUAGACAUUUUCUUGGAAAAUCACCAGAUUCAAGAUCAUUCAGCUCGCCCAUGCAGCUGAUCAAUCUACAAGAGGAAAGUGAAGAGACCAAAACUUCAAAUGGAGUGGAUAAUACCGAUGAGAGGCCAAAGACUUCAAGAGAGUCUAGCCUAGGCGAUAAGGAAAAAAAAGGAAUGGCAGAGAAUGAGGUUUCGCAGAAUAAGGAAGUGUACGAAGAGAGGAAUUAUGACGAAGCUUGCGAAGAAUCAUUGUGUAAUAAUGAGAGGGCAAGAACUGCCGGGGAACAAGCUUCAAUUCGACUGGCUAGAAGCGGACCUGGCGGUCACAUUCGGAACAUAACGGAUCAAAACAGGGGUGUCAUCCAAGCGUCAGCAUCAUGGCCAUCCCGGAGAAUAUCGUGCAAACAUGAGAUGCCGGCGCCCAGAGACCUCGAGGCUUGGAUACUUCAGAGGUUUAGACGCGGCUAUUUUCGUGUUGCUUCGGCUAUGGAGGCGGCAGUUGCCUCAGCAAAAGAGGCAUCUGGUCUGCAUUCGGCAUCGAAUGGGAACAAGGCUGCAGAAGUUUUGGUGGGUUUCAGAUAUUGUCACUUUGAAACUGAUGAGGUAAAGAGCGAUAGGAGCUAA